UAUUCAACCUCAUUCAUGUUCCAUCAUUUUCAGUACGUCGUACAACUUGUCCAGUGCACCUCCAGUUUCAACGAAAGUCUCGUUCAAUCAUGGGUAGUGGGUCCACGACAAAUUGUGUGUAGGUGAAAUUUCAGUACCACAAAGUACUGUUGGAAUUUUUAAUAAGGAUCUCAAACUGACGAACAAAAAUGAGCAUUCCUCCCGCAAAGGAAGCCGAAUCACAGAAAAACAAAACGCCACAAAACCAUGACACCAUCAUCGUCAAAUCCAAAACAGUUUCAUGGAAGGACAAAUGGAACAACUUCUUCAAAAACAUUUCUUCGUUAUGUUCAUCGGAUCUUGGAGUGACAGAUGGGGUAGGCGGAAACCCUGCAUGCUCUUACCCCUCGUGGGGGAGUUUAUGACGGUGAUCAGUCUGAUGGUUUGCGUUUACUUCUUCGACGAGAUCCCAAUGGAAGUGGCUGGAUUUGCGGAAGGGUUUUUUCCAGCCAUAACGGGUGGUUGGGUCAGUAUGUUCACAGGAGUCUUCAGUUAUAUUGGCGACAUCACCACUUUGGAAGAAAGAACAUUGCGAAUAGGCAUAGCGAAUUUGUUUUUUUCACUGAGCAUUCCUAUAGGGCUCGCCCUUAGUGGAAUCUUGUACAAAAAAAUUGGUUUCUACGGGGUGUUUUCCAUUUCUGCUGUAAUGUAUAUUAUGGCUUUCAUCUACGGGUACAAACGUAUCCAGGAAUCGGGAAAAGCACAAAAGUCGACAGCGACUCCACCAAGUGGUCCAUGUGCCUUCAUCAAAGACUUUUUCGAUUUUCACCAUAUCACUGAAACUUUCAAUGUAGUUUUCAAAAAGGGGGAGAACAAUAGAAGAAGUAAGGUUUUGGUGCUCAUGUUUGUCGUUAUGGUUGUUGUUGGACCUUUUCACGGUGAAUUGGCUGUAUCCUACUUGUUCACUAGGUAUAGGUUCAACUGGGAUGAAGUGGAUUUCAGUAUAUUUUCAACGUAUAGUAUGUUGACGAAUCUUCUAGGUGAGAAUGUUAAUUUUUCAAUUAUUCAAGAAAGAAUUAAUCCAAUUGGACACACGCUUGAUGAAUGUAAUUCUGAUGUAUUUUUUCAUGUCAAUAGACACUUAUAGCAAGACGGCAGGGAGAAGUAAAUAUUGAG